CAAAAGCCGGAAAAGCUCGGUCGCCGGAACCGAGAGAGCAGGCCAGGAGGCAGCUAUGCUAUGAUUCCAGGGCCGGGACAGCGAUGCGCCAUGGCCAUUGGCCGAGAGUCCCAACCCAGCCCAACCAGGAGGCAGCCGGCGACAGCGAUGGGUCCUCUUCGAUCGGGAAACCCAACUCACUACUCAAAGCGGCAGAAACCGUAGGGCCCCGGGAGUAUCACAUGGUCGCUUUCCAUCCCAAAUUAACCAGGAACGGAAACCCAAACCCAAAGCCGCCGGCCGGGGAAGAAGCAAAGGGAAUGACCUACCUGAUGACCACCACCUCCGGCCGGCUCCCCUGCUCGCUGAUACGAGCUUGGCUUCCCUCACAUCACAUGUCGCCGUCGAUCGACCAAACCCAUAUGCGGUGGAAUCAUUGGAACCAUACCAUACUCGCUCCAAGAAUCAUCCUUGCUAAAGCAACCAUAGUAGUAUCAAUCAAUCUGAUAGUGCAUGCUAAGUGGAGCAGUAGGGCCCUGCAUGCAUGGCUAGAUAGAUAAUCUACUCUACCCAGUUUGGAACCUCCCUGUCCUCCUCGGGCGCGCAGCUGAAUUCUGCUAUUUAUACGUAGGCUGAUCACGACUAGACCUGCUGUGUCUGUGUGUUGCUGAUUUCUCUGCUGCUUUUUUCGAGCCAAGCAACAAAGGGAAACCAGAGCCACGCCACAUCUCUAUCUGCUGCACAUCAACGUCAGGGGAUCGAUCAAAGCUAAAACUACGCCAGAUAGAGACACAAGAACAGAUUUCCCAUAUAUAUAUGUACACCAGAUAGAGUAGAAGACCAUACUAUUAUCGGCAGCUAGGACCAUAGUAUCACACACUCACUCACUCUCUCUUCUUCCAAUCGCCGGCCACUUGUCACUCUCCUCUGCUCACUGCUCCGAACAGAGGAGCUCCAACUCCAUCACCUCCUCUUCAGCACCAGGCGGAGGAGACGUCGUGGUACUUGUGCGAAGCAAGCUAGCUAGCUAGGCACGAGAGAAUUCAGGCUGUGGUGAACUGAUCACUGAUCACUGAUCAGUCACCUGAUCUAGCUUGCAGCCCGCAGAAGCAAGAAGAAGUCCAGCCAGAGCGAGCCAUGGGCGGCAUUGCUGCUGGUCGAUGCCGGAUCAGUGGCCUGGCCUUGCUCGUCUGCGCCGUGCUCUUGUCGGCGACGAUGGCGAACGGCAUCAGGACUGGGGCAGUUGGUGGCACGGGUGCUCCUGGUCCGGCUGCUGCCGCGGCACAGGCUGCCACCCUAGCUGCGGCUCCUCCCGUCGCUGCCGCUGCAACGACGCCACCUUCGGAGGGAGCUGCAUUGGAGGAUCCAUACAAGAACAGCAAGAGGAAGGUGCCGAACGGGCCCGAUCCGAUUCACAAUCGGAGAGCCAGAUGGGGAGACGCACCGGCAAGGAGAGUGUAAGGCAGGACAGGAGCAAUCACGAAAACCGUCGAUCAAUGCUGAGAGGCUCAACGAGCGAGCAGAGCACACAAACAUUGAGGUGGAAUGGAAGGUUCCAUGGCUAAGAGCCAUGCAUGCAUGUGGUGGUGCUCAUGAUGGUGGAGGGCAGUUAUAUAGUUAUAAGUAUUCAUUCAUGUAUUAGUAGUAGAUACAGAGGGGUAGAGGAAGAUGCAUGGUGCACACUCCAUGGCACCGUGGUUGCUUUGGCCAAAGUGCUUUGUUCUCCUCUCUUGAUGAUGUUUUGUUCUUUUUCUUUUUCUUCUUUGGAGGAGGGGUUAAUGGUGUUAAAAGGAGCACUCCAACUCCAAGCUGAGCCUGCUAUCACUACUCACUUCACUCACACAGAGAGUAAAGCUCAAAGAUUCCUGGCAUGCACAUUUCGAUUCUA